GGUUAAUACUGGCUAUGCCAAUAUGUGCUCCUUCGGCCCAUGCCUCCCGUCACCAAACUAACCAAAUAUUAGACCACACAAGGGCAUGUUCCAAACUUAGUGAUAGGUUUUAGGUGUUUUAUGGUUGCAUUGACCUAUAAGAGCAAGUAGAAAACCAUGAGUAGCCUGCAAUGGUUAAUACUGGCUAUGCCAAUAUGUGCUCAGUCGGCCCAGCCUCCCGUCACCAUACUAACCAAAUAUUAGACCACACAAGGGUAUUUUCCAAACUUAGUGAUAGGUUUUAGGUGUUUUAUGGUUGCAAUGACCAAUAAGAGGAAGUAGAAAACCAUGAGUAGUCUGCAAUGGUGUGGGGUGUCCAGGGGGGCAGCCCCCAUGGUCAGCUAUGUAGACCAGUUUAUUUCUUUAAUAUACUUAUAAUAAAAAUUUAUGAACAUUAAGAGAGAAAGGGGGACAGAAACCUAUCUCACUUGGUCAGAAGCCAGGAACUGUUGGUGGUCAUCCAGAAUCGGUAAUUGUGUCGAUUAGUUAUUUGUUUAUUUCUUUUUAUCACUUGUAAACGCAGUAUAUGAUUGAUUCGCAGGUAAAACUAGAGUAACACAACAGUGUGUGAUAGGUUGGAAUGGCUAAUUAUGCAGUGGUAAGUGACAGAGCUGUGGAGUUAAUCGACACAAUUACCCCUCUGAGUGUAGCCAACCUGGUGUUGACUUUUUCUAACCUAUCACAGCAUGGAGCAGUAUUCCAGCGUUGGUCUCACAAGUGUAUCAUAAGCUAAGUGUACUAAGUCAGGGGUGCAGUUGUAUACAUUCCUCCUGAGGAACCCCAGUGUUUGGUUUGCUGUGGCACUGAUGUGGUUAGCUAUAUAUACCUGUUUAUUUAUUUCAUGUUGGUGGUAAUCCAGAAUCUACUAUAAGAACAUGGUGACAUAUGUGUUAUAAUUUAUAUGUUUGCUUUUAAAGGUUUGUGUGAUCAUGGCUGCUUACGAUGAUGUUUGGGAUGAAUUCGACCUCUGGGAUCAAUGGGAGGAGCUGGAGGAGAUGGAUGCCCCAAGAGUUGUCGUCCGUAGACCUCGAAGGAUUGUCACAGAUCGGAUGAAUCCCUUCACGGCAAUGAGCGACAACGAGUUUGUUGAUCGUUUCAGAUUAAGAAAAAAUUCAAUGUAUGAUCUCAUUGAAGAAAUACGAGAACAUCUUCCUGCCCCAACUGACUCCAGAGGAUGUCCUGUCCCAGCACAUUUACAGACACUGAUAGCACUACGCUGCAUGAUGUCUGGGGAUCACCAGAUGACAUUAGGUGACUGCCAUGAUGUCUCCCAGACAACAGUUAGCCAGUGCUUGAAGGUGGUGUCACGAGCAGUGGCUAGUUUGAGCAGGCAUCACAUAAUGGCGCCUUCUGGGAAUGAUCGGCAGAGGACUGUUCAAGAGUUCUAUGCUAUCCAUGGCAUGCCUGGGGUUAUUGGUGCAAUAGACUGUACACACAUAGCUAUAGUGAGACCGUCUGUUGCAAAUCCUGAAGUGUUCCGAUGCAGGAAGGGUUACUUUUCAAUGAAUGUGCAAGCUGUGUGUGGUCCCGAUCUGCUUUUUCACAACGUUGUUGCUCGUUGGCCUGGGAGUGUACAUGACAGUAGAAUUCUGGACAACAGCAGACUUUGUGCACAGUUAGAAGAAACUUUGGAACCACAAUACCACCUGCUUGGAGAUGCUGGUUAUGCCCUAAAGAGGUAUCUCCUAACACCGGUAGCAGUUCCCACCAACGAUCAUGAGCGAGCCUACAACAGCAGUCACACCCAUACCAGGAAUACAGUGGAACGUGCAUUUGGUGUCUUAAAAAAAAGAUUUGCAUAUUUAGGAAAGAAAAUGAGGACUAGUUUAGAUACAACUAAAGCAAUCAUUGUUGCAGCAGUAGUCUUACAUAAUAUAGCUGUGAAAACUAGACUGGUCAUGCCACAAGAUGGAGCGGAACAUGCAAUAAUCAAUGUCAAUGCCCUUCAUAAUGGAGUUCCAGUAGACAGGCAGGGAAAUGCACAAGGCAGAUUGAAGCGUCAACAAAUCAUCAGGGAUUUUUUCUGAACAUCAUCCUCAUCAUUGACGACUACUCCCAUCUCUUUCACAGCUUCCCCCCUCUUUCAAUAUCUUUCCUUUCUCAUUCAUUAUCUCAUUUAUUUUACUUGGGGAGAUGUGUUCUGAAUUUAUUCAUAUAUUACUACUUUCCAAUAUGAUUUUUUAUCCCCUUUAUAGUUUUCAGUUAGUCUUUCACCAAACUCUUUAUCAAAUCGCUUUUUCCUUUCUUUUAAUGUUAUGGUUACUUCCAUAUUGCAUUCUCUUUAUUUUUUUGUUCUUUCCCUUUUUACUUGCGCCUCCAUAUUAUUUUCUUGAGAUUUCUAAUAAAGUUCCCUUUCCUCUUUUUCUAUCACCUUUAUCUCCUCUGUCCACCAUGAAUUUCCUAUUCUUUUUUUAUCUCGCACCAGUUUCAGCCCUGAAACCUUUCUUGAUAUAAUAAUACUCUUCAAUAUUAAGUUGAUUAUGCUUCUGUUCUGUGCACUGUAUUUUUUGCAUGUAUGAAAAUGCUUUAUUUAUAUUGUUUAUUAUAAAAUAAAAUUCUUGUUACCCUGAA